UAUAUAGUUUGUGAUUUACGUGAUAAUAUACGCCAUGUCCAAUUUUGCUAUAAAAGCACAUAUGUUCUGUACCUAAAUUAUUUUAAACCAAAGAUGUACGCCGCUUCAUCUCUCGUCUGGGCGCUAGUGACUUGUGGAUAUUUUUUCUCAAAUGUGGAAGCAUUUACCUAUCCAGCAUAUUUUACAACUAGACCGCAUCUGUCCACUAUGAAAAACGACGGAGGACCUUCAACCGAGGCUACAAUUAACCUAAUCGGAUCGACGUAUCCUUGUGGCUCUUGCGAUACCUGUCCCGCUGGUUAUAGUGCUUAUCAUACGUAUGAUUGUCGCUGCCUUUGUGAGAACACGGGAAUGGGGUCGAUGCAAAACAGUUCCGGUAUUCCGCAUGGACUGCUGGCCAGGAUCCUUCGAAACAUGAAGAACAAUGCUGACGCACUGGAGCAUAUGGCAGCCGGCCUUAGUGACGAGACUGACAUCGCAGAGGAGGUCGCUAACAAUCGCUUCUAGCCAGUCGUUAUUAUAUGCCGGAAAAUUAACUGACCGAAAAUAAUUCAUGGACAAUAUAUUUAGCUAUUUAAAGCAUGGUAUGUCAAAAAUGUUUUCGUAGAUUAUAAACAACGAUUGUCGUACUGUU